UACGACGACAACGAUUUCAUGAAACGCCAUCAUCAUUCUUCGUUUUUUUUCUUCGCUGUUGGACCGUACCGAGAAAAGUAGAGUGUGUGAACGUCGACGACAAGCAAAAAAAACCUAAAACCUAAAAAAAAAAGUGGAAAGCAGCAGCUAAAGUCGCUUUUUGGAGGAAUUAUAAAAACUGCCACCAUCAGAGAAAGAUUUUUUUGAAGGAAAGGAAUCAUUGUGGCGAAUAUGACCAGUGGCGGCGGAAUGCCCGAAUUGGGCUCAAAAAUAAGCCUCAUUUCGAAGGCGGACAUUAGAUACGAGGGCCGAUUGUAUACCGUCGAUCCAAAUGAAUGUACAAUUGCAUUAUCGAGCGUGCGUUCAUUUGGAACGGAAGAUCGUGAAACUCAAUUCCAAAUUGCACCACAAAGUCAAAUUUAUGAUUACAUUCUGUUCCGAGGAUCUGAUAUUAAGGAUAUCCGUGUGGUCAACAAUGGAAUGCCACAUCCAAAUGAUCCAGCUAUUAUGCAAGUGCAAUUGCCAAAUGGACAACACUUGAUGCCGCAUUUUCCAAUGCAAGCGAUGAAUCCACCAAUGGGUAAUUAUGGAAAUCCUUUUGGAGCUAUGGGUGGUCUGGGUGGUAUUGGUGCAUCAUCCGCGACAGCGACAGGAUUGGCGCCCGGUUCGUUUAUGCUCAACAAGCCGAAACAACCAAGUGAGUUAAACGACGCCCUUCCUCAAGAAUUUAAUUUAAUGGCGAUAAACAAUUCAUCAACGGCUGCUCCUCCUAAUGCCCCCUCGACCUCUGCGGCUGAACACAAAGACCAAGUUUCCGUCAUAGAUUUGCUUGCUGGUGCAUCCCGAUCAACAACACCAAUAAGUUUAAUAUCGAGAAAAAGUCCAUCCGCUGACAUGGCCGUCCAGGUAAAUCAACAACAACAACAGCAACAACAACCACAUAACAAUAACAACACUGGUAAUAAUCGUGAUGCUGGUCAUAAGCGACAAAACCAUCAACAAAGAGGAGGUGGCAACAACAACCAUAACAAUGCCGGUAAUGGUAGUAAUGGUGGUAAUAGAAGUGAUGGCGGCGGUGGUGGCGGUAUUGGUGGCGGCGGCGGUGGAGGCGGUGGUUAUUUCCAAAGAGAUCGUCGCGACUCUGGCAGAUUAGACAACCAACACAAUAACUACAAUAAUCACGACAACCGAAACCACUACAAUAAUCAACGAAAUCAAAAUCAGAAUCAAAAUAGCCGCGGCUGGACGAUGAACCGUGGUAACCAGAACAACCAGAACAAUAAUAUGAGGAAUCGUGGUCGUGGUCGUUUGCCAAAUCAGGGAUAUAGACAAAUGAGCGGAAAUCCCAGCAAAAAUAAUCGCCCCAAGAACACAAUCAAGUUCGAGCAAGAUUUCGACUUUGAACAAGCUAACAAUAAGUUUGAAGAGCUACGUUCACAGCUGGCAAAACUUAAGGUGGGCGAUGAACCCAAAGCUGAGCAGUGUUCUUCUCCAACUUCUCAGAUCAAUGGUGAAACAGACAAAAAAGAUGAUUCUGGUAAUGAGACUGGUGCCGGCGAACACGAGCCCGAAGAUGAAGAAAUUACCGUUGGCUAUGACAAGACAAAAUCGUUCUUUGAUAAUAUCUCGUGUGAAGCUGCACAAGAUCGUUCAAAAAAUAAAAAAAAUGAUUGGCGUCAGGAGCGCAAAUUGAAUAAUGAAACCUUUGGUAUCGCGUAUACAAGACACGGAAGCUAUCGCGGACGAGGUAACUACUAUAAUCGCAAUAUGAACAAUUAUGGUGGAUACAAUAGAGGAUAUAGGGGAGGUAAUUACAACAAUCGCAACCGCAACAACAAUAACAGAAUGGGACAACAAAAUAUCCAAAAUCAUCCACAAAAGAACCAAAAUAUGCAACAGCCACAAAGUCAACCACAAACUAAGAAUUCACAGGAGACUAACUCACAAUCUCAAGUAGCGGCUGUAGUUGCAGGCCAAUAAUAGUAAAAGUGGAUUACAAACAAAAUAAAAAAAAAGAAGAAAAAAAUUAAAUAUUUUUUUUUUAUCUGCUGACGUUGUCCUUCCCUCCCCACACAUACGAACUGAAGAUACAAAGAAAUAUAUUUAAUAAACAAAAAAAAAAUUAAGAGAAAGAAAUAAAAUAAUGGUAAAAAAAAGUAGUAGAAAAAUGCGUGUACACAAAACAAGAAGAUUGUAAGAAUUAUUAAAAAACAAAAAAUGAUUUUUUUUUUAGAUAAAUUACUUUUUUUUCCCAAUUUAUAUAUUAAAGAAAAAUAAUAAUUAUAACAAAAAAAAUCAUUCAUUAUGUGUGGAUAAAAUUACAACAAUGCGAUUUAUAUAUGUAAAAUUAUAUUUAGGAAUUAUAAAAAAAAGAAGAAAUAUUAUUGAAAUUCAUAAGCAGCAGAUUCUAUCUCUAAAAUAAAAUGAAAAUUUAAAUAAAAAAAUAUGAAAACAAAAAAUCGCCAAGAAGGAGAAUUAAAUAAAAAGUAAAAAUAUAUAUAUUUUUUAAAUAAAAAAAAAAUAAAAAGAGAUAUGGGGGAAAGGCUCUAAUAAAAAAUAAGACUUGAAGGAAUCAAUUUUCAACAACUUUAUAUAGUGAAACACGCACGCAAGUUAUUAACAUUUAGUCAUGAAUACUAUCUAAUAAAAAUAAAUUUAAUAAAAAAUAUUUGCGCGAAAAAACAACAAAACAUAACAAGUUUAUCAAAAGAAACAUUUUAAAAAAAAUAGUAAUAAAAACAAAAUAAGCAAAUAAAUACAAAUCAAAGAAAGAAAUAAAAUAAAAUAAACAUAUAAACUUUUUACCACGAAUUAUAUAUAUAUA